GUUCAGCGUUAUAAUAAACGACCCCCUGCUAAAAACGACCGCCACCAGGAAUCCAUAUGGAGCGCCUAACGCUUAAUUAAUUCAUUUCGCAUCUUCCCAAGUGUUUCGCAAACAUGGGCUUGGUGUUUAUUGUUUCAGUUUCCGGCCGUGAACACAUUCCGACCAAGUCUUCCAGUGUUGCUUCAACCACGGCACUGUCAAGAUCAAGUGCGGCGUGAUGGCCCAGGACGUUCGAGAUGCGUUCGGGCCGUGCGAGGUCAUGUGCAAGUGCUUUGGUCUGCUGCCGGUGUACUUCCGCGGGGAGUUGAAGUUUUACCAGAAAGUGACGAACUGUUUGCAUUUGGUGGCGAUCUACGGAUUGCUGGCCUGGUCCACCGGGAUUUGUAUGCCCAGAGAUAUGGUCAAUUAUUCGCUGUCGAUGGUGAUGAACCGGAGUGUCGUCCUGUUGAUAGUGGCGUAUUAUGUGCAGCCGUUUUGCAAUACUGUUGGCUGUUGGGUUUUCUCUGAGAAAAUUUAUUUGAUUUUGGACAACAUUGGAUCAGUUGAUGAAAAGCUCGCACAAAUUGGCACUCGAAUGCACAACGAUCACCAAAGGAAGUUUAUAAGAUUCUUCACAAAUUUGACUACUGCACCGCUUUGUGUAAUUUUCAUGACGACGUACUAUCUCAAUACAGACAUGUCCGACCUGUGCUACCUGUUGGCGUCAAUUUACUUCAGUUUGCAUCACGUCAUUGUUUGCAGUCUAGCUGGAACGCUCGGUUGGUUGCUGCACAAGCGAUUCCGUGCCCUGGCCGCAACUCUCCAGAGUCUGUUUAUAGACUAGGAUCAACAACACCCUCAAAAUUCAGUAAUGGUUCUUCAUCACUCCAAGCCAGAUCGACACCAUGGUCCAAACAGUGCGGGAUGUCUUUACUCCCUGUGAAGUUGUGUGCAAGUGUCUAGGUUUACUACCCCUUUAUUUCCAUACAAAGUU